GUCAUCUUCUACCUCCGGCUAGCGAAGUUAGGGUUUAGAAGCUUUGCUGAUAAGAAGCUAAUGGCUCGUUUCAAAAACAAUAAGAAGGGUAGAGUCAAUGUGAAGCCUAUUGCUAUGAAGAAGAACAAUCAAGCCAACGUUGAUCAUGUUACUGGUGAUAAGAUCCCAAAAAGCUUCGUCUUUUCGAGGACGAAGCUUCCUGGCUCUGUUAAACAGCUUCAGAUGGAUUUGAGGAAGCUCAUGCUUCCCUACACUGCUCUCAGUCUUAAGGAGAAGAAGAGGAACACUUUAAGAGACUUUUUGAAUGUAUCAGGACCAAUGGGUGUGACUCAUUUCCUUAUGCUUAAAAAAACAGCUUCUGCAUUGUCUCUAAGAGUAGCAAGAACCCCUCAGGGUCCUACUCUAACGUUCAAAAUUCAUCAGUAUUCGUUAGCUUCGGAUAUAGCUCAGUCUCAGACACGGCCUAGAUGUCCUCCUGAUCUUUUCAAGAACCCUCCUUUGAUUGUUCUUUCUGGAUUUGGCACUCAAGAGCUGCAUCUGAAGCUAGCAACGAUCAUGUUUCAGAACAUCUUCCCAUCUAUUGAUAUCAACACAGUCAAACUCUCUACAUGUCAGAGAUUAGUACUAUUGAACUACAACAAAGACACAAAACUAAUUGAUUUCAGGCAUUAUUCUAUAAGGCUUCAGCCUGUUGGAGUCUCUCGUAGGAUCAGAAAGUUUGUGCAAAGUCAUGAUGUUCCUGAUCUUAGAAAUCUACAGGAUGUUAGUGAUUUUAUCACCAAGGCUGGUUAUGGAUCAGAGAGUGAAGGAGAUGAAGAGGCGGCGACUGUGACAUUAUCAUCUGAUCUAGGCAGAGUUAACAAGGGUUCAACAAAGAGUGCAGUGAAACUGCAAGAGAUUGGACCGAGGAUGACUAUGCAGCUAGUUAAAGUGGAGGAAGGGUUGUGUUCAGGAGGAAUCAUAUUUGAUGAAUAUGAAAAUGGGGAUGAGAAGAUAGCCAAGAAGAAGCAAGAUGAAGAUGGUGAUAGCAAAGAAGAAGAAGAAGGGGAAGAGGGUAGUGAAGAAGAUGAAAACGAAGAAGAAGGUGAAGAGAGUAGUGAAGAAGAUGGUGAAGACAUGGAUGAAGAUCUUGAAGAUUGACACUUGAGAUAAAGCAAGUUUUGUUCUAUUAUAACUGUGUUACUCUAUAACUCUGUGUCUUUAGAUGAGAAAAUUUUGCUCUUUGAAUCUCUAAAUUUAUUUGACCAAAAAAAG